AUGCAGCAAAUUCUUUAUCAGAACUACAAAGAGGAAAAGGGUUCAUUUAAAAAUACUUUAAAGAACAAAGAAGUUCAGAAGGCUGUAUCUCUUCACCCUGUGAAAGAUCCUGACUAUCAGUUUCGUAUUUAUAACUACUUACGCUCAGUAAAAAUCAUGGCAGAACAUCAGCGGGAAGUACAUUUGCACAGGGACAUGUCAGCCAUGACAGAUCUGAUUAUGGAUGGCAGACUGCCAUCAGAGCCAGGGCUCAGCCAGCCUCCAACAUUGAAAAAAUUUCAUCCACUGAAUGGAAAAGAAGUCAUUCCAUGGGAUUUUGUUGCUAGGUCCAUUUAUUCACAAUUUAAUAAUAAUCCUCGAAGAGGAAUAGAUGAUUCAGUUAAAGGAGCUUUAGAUGAAUUAGUUAAUCAAGUCAUAAUGAAAGUUAAUAAAAAUGCUCAUUUACGAGGUAGAACUAUUGAUUUUAAAGAAAUUCAGUAUGGAUAUUAUCGUCUGGAUCCAAUGAAUGGGCCAGACUAUGUGCUGGACUUGCUUUUAACAUAUAGAAAGUACAGAGGAAGGAAAAUGUCUAUGAAUGUGCGAAGGCAUGCAUAUUUGCAACAGGCUUUCUUACCUGUAGAACUGAAAGAAGAAGAUGGAGUUGUAGAAAAAGAAAACUCUGGAGUUGGGGCCAAAGUAAAAUCAUGGAUUAAAAUUAUUUCAGGACAUGCAGAAUUUCCCAAAAAUAUCAGUAAAAGGGUUGAGUACAUUGACAUAGUCAUGCCUCUGAUGGGUAGGUUUAAGAUUUUCCAGAGAUUUAUGAAUAAUUUUGAGACAGUUGUUUUAAAGCCUAAAGAAAAUGCAAGACUUGUCUUAGUUCUAUAUAAAUCUAAAGAGGAUGCAGAUGCUCACAGGCUUACCUUAGAUCUAGUAAAUUUCUAUCAAGAGAAAUAUGGAAAAAAUUAUAUUGAAGUUGUGUUGACAGAUACAGAAUUUUCUAGAGGACCUGGGCUUCAGCUUGGUGCUGAAAGGUGUAGUCAUGAUGCAUUGCUUUUCUUUGUUGAUGUGGACAUUAUUUUCUCUCCAUCAUCUCUUGAGAGAGUUCGUUUGAACACAAACAAAGGCUCCCAAGUUUAUUUCCCUAUAGUGUUUAGUCAGUAUGAUCCAGAGCCUGUAUGCUACCCUGGCUCGCCCCAUUGUGAAUGUUUAAGUUCAGAGUGCAUACUUAAAGCUGAGGAUAUAAGUGACUCUGCUGGUUACUGGAGGCAGUUUGGUUUUGGUAUCGCUGCAAUGUAUCGCACUGAUUACCACAAAGUUGGUGGUUUUGAUCUAAGUAUUCGUGGCUGGGGAAAGGAAGAUGUGGAUUUGUACACUAAGUUUAUAGAAAAUUCUUAUACUAUAUUUCGAGCAGUUGACCCUGGUAUGACACACAUUUUCCAUACCAUUAAAUGCAGUGAUAGUCUUGAAAGUGCUCAAAUGGUAAUGUGUGUCAAUUCAAAGGCCCAGAGUUAUGCUUCCACAUCGCUACUGGCCAACCAGAUUUAUAACAAUCCUGAAAUAUUACGGAGACUUGAAAUUUAUUCUAUAAACCAUGGAACAUAGUUUUCAUGGCGUAAAUAUUAAUUUUUGUUGCUUGAAAACAUGUUUACACUAUGGGUUGUGCUAAAAUUUGCUUCCACAUUACAUAAUGUAACCUUGGUAAAUUCUAAAUAAAUUAUGCCUCGGUUAUUACAUUACCCUCUAUCUGUAUUAGAAAGAAAAUAUUUUUAAAAAAUUAUCCUUAAUUGUCAUUCAUUUAUUUAUUUUUAUCUAUUUUAACAAAAAAAGAAAAAACAACAGAAUACUUCAAAUCUAAAAUAAUAAGAAUAUUGUUGUAAAAAUUGAUGUUGAAUAAACGUUAAGUAUGCAAAAGCUUUAAUGAUGCUAAAUAAGUGAACCACACUGUAUAUUACAUUAGCUUGACAAUGUGUAGGUUUGACUAUAUUAGAACAGUUACAUUUUCGUAUUACACCAUGUUAUUUACGGAAUUGUAAAAUAAUGUAACAUUUGGGGUCCAUUUAUAUAACAUCUUUUUAUGGGUGCAUUACAAUUUCACCUGAUAACUCUUGGGCUAGAGUCAACUGAAGUGAGUAAAUUAUUCAGUGUUCUUAUUAUAUGAAUUUUAGAGUUUUCCUAGCUUUGUUAUGAUCUUAUUAUGUUCCAUCUUUCACAUGUGUCUUAUAGUAUAUAGUAUAUUUUAAUAUAUUAAAAAGUAAAGAUCUUCAUUUGUCACAUGCCAUUUUAUAAUUUCUUUCACCCGAAUUUGAUUUUAAGGAAAUGUAUAAAGUAAUUACAUCUCACAAAAAUGCCUUAUUAUUUUGUCAACAACAUUUAAAAUUCUAGUUUUCAUUACUUAAUUGUAAUAUUAAUUAAAAUAAAGUACAAUUUUGAAAUGUUGAUAAUUUUAGUCAAGUGUUAGAGAUUGCCUAGUUUAUAUUAUUUCAUAUAUAUAGUGUAAUUACAAACACAUAAGAAAAUUAUAAAAUAUCAUAUUUCAUAAAUUUAGACCAUAAUUUUUCAUAAUCUUGAACAUCAUAGCCUCCAAAAUUGCUUAAUUGUUAACACAGUUAAAACUGAGAACUUUCAUUGUCAUGUUAAUUUAAAUCAAAUAUAUGUAGAUACUUUCAUUGAUUGCUAACUGAUCUUCAAAUUGCAUGUUUGUGUUGUAAAAUAUUUUAUUUUAUCUUAAUCAUUACUAGUUAUUUUGAUGCUGAAUUUAUGAAAAAGUGUUUGAAUAAUGUGUUUGCGCAUGAUAAUACAAAAAUAUUUGCAUGUGAUACUUGUUAAAUGUAACAUAUUUAUGUACUUGUUGUUUACAAUCCUGAUCAAAUGUUAACUGGAUUUUGGCUUUGAAAAAAAUGAUAACUUUGAAUAUUAUGCUUGUAAGUUAUUAACAUGCUUUUUCUGAUGUCCUAUGAACUCAUGAAGGAGAUAAAUGAUAAUGUUUACUAUUACUGCAAAGCAUUUGUUAACAAAACAACUUUGAUCUCAUAAGGAGAAUAUCACAAGUUAUGUUUUUUAUGAUUUAUCACUAUAUUUAGAAUUUAUCCUCUACUAAAAAAAUAUGGAUAAGAAAGAAGUGUUACCAUAUGUUAACAUUUUAAGAAGCUUUUCAGGUUUGAAAGAAAGUUUACCCUACAGGACACGGCAGGUUAACAUAGUAGGACACAGCACUAGUUGGUAUUGAAGUAUAUAAAAUGUUCUUAAAAUAUCUUUAAAAUUUUAUAGUUAAUUUCUAAUCAAGUUCAAGUCCUGAUUCACCUUAAAUUUAAGACUUUUGUAACUUCACUGUUAAUAUGGUACUCUACUGUCUACAGCUACUGAGGCUACAUUGCAUCUAAUUUUUAGGCCACCUUUUAUAUUGUCAAUAAAAGCAAAUAAGAUUAAUUCAGUUUUUGACAUUAUUUCUAAUUAGUACUUAUAACAUUUAAUUAAAAUUAUUCAUAUAGUAGAUAUAUAGUUUUGCUAAGUAAGAUCAUUCAGAAUGAACCUCUUACAAUUUUAAUAUUUUACUUAGAUAUAUAAACCAAAGAAAAUUACGGCACUUGGCUAUAUAAAUCGUCAAACAAAUGAUGUAUCUUAAAUAAUAUUAAAAAAUAUUUUUAAAAAGUUACUUAAGAAAAAAAAGUUAAAUUUUCAGUGCACUUUCUAUUUUUAGAAAUGUAAAGUUAUCAACAUAUUCUUGAAAAUAUAAAGGUCUGUAAAUGAUAAUUUGGAUUAACUAAUAUUGAAAAGCACAUGCAUAGUCACUAUGUAGAUAUAAACAUAGCUUUUUUAAAAUGUAUUUUAGAAAAAACUAAACAAUAUGGAAAAUUUAUUAACUCAAGUGAUGAAAAUGUUUUGUCUAAAAAAAAGCUUUAAUAUUAAAAAGGAAUUAUUUAAAUUAUGCUAUUCAAUUAUUUCACACAUUUCAGUUAGAAUUUAAAGUUUAUUUUAAACAUAUUCUAACCUAACAGCGGUCUAAAGAGACCCUAUUGAAAAUAAGAUAUAUUGAUUCAAAUUUUUAUAAAGCAAAGCUUUUCAGUAUACUUUCAUCCCUGGGCUGCAAAUAUUUCCAUUAAAAAUAUGGUUUGUACACACAGUUAUGUUAUGUGUGUAAGGUGCUGAGGGAUGUCAGCUAUAUUUUGUACAAUGUGUAAUCAAUGGAAGACUUAUCUGAUGGUUUGUGCCCUUUAGCACAUUAUUGUGGGUUAUUACACUUUGAUUUCAUUCAUUCUGUAUGUUUUUGAUUUAUGAAAAGUAUCUGUUAUGUUGCAACAGGUAUUGAUACUUAAUACACAUUCAUUCAUCUAACAGUUUUAGAAAUCCGUCAUUUUUGUUUUUUGAUGUAUAUUUUAAAUGCUGAACUAUUUAAUGUAUGUGAAUACGUAUUCAAAAAAGAGGGAAUCGCCUAAUAAAGAUUAUAUUUUUGGAA